AUGAGGGUCCAAAGAUACCGCACAGCAGCUCUUCGCCGAGCCUCUGCCAUACUGCAGCCGGCCGCUCUGCCUGUUCCUCGGCUUCCAACGCCAGCUCGAACACCCGCGCCGGCAACCUUCGAGGGCACUACCAUACGGAAUGGCAUGCGAUCCCUACACUCCCAGCCCGCCACGCGCUCCAACGCGAGCCAGAGCGAGGCGUCUAACCCUGCGAUGGCAUUUCCCUGUCUGGAUGCGCUCGAGACGAGGUCUGCGAGCUUAGAAGCCAAGUCAUUAUCGACAGGCCCCGAGCCGGCGUACACCACUGGUGCCACACAAUCAUUCCGCUGUCGAGAUCCCCUCCUACUCGACUGGGGCGGUAUGUUGCCCGAUUUCGACGUCGCAUACGAGACUUGGGGGACGAUGAAUGCAGACAAAUCGAACGUCAUUCUGUUACAUACCGGUCUAUCCGCCUCGUCACACGCGCAUUCGACCGAGAGCAACCCUCAGCCCGGUUGGUGGGAGAAGUUUAUCGGACCGGGAGGACUCGUGGACACGGACAAGUACUUCGUCAUUUGCACAAAUGUCAUAGGAGGCUGCUUUGGGUCGACAGGACCGAGCAGUGUAGAUCCAGCCGACGGUCAGAGAUAUGCGACGCGGUUCCCCAUCCUCACCAUGGAAGAUAUGGUCAGGGCACAGUUCAGGUUACUCGACCACCUGGGAGUGGACAAGCUGUACGCAAGUGUUGGAUCCAGUAUGGGCGGCAUGCAGUCGCUGGCGGCGGGUGUCCUCUUCCCAACCAGGGUUGGACGUAUCGUGUCCAUCAGCGGCUGUGCGCGGAGCCAUCCAUACAGUAUUGCGAUGCGCCAUACACAACGGCAAGUGCUUAUGAUGGAUCCGAACUGGAACCGUGGGUUCUACUAUGGACGCGUACCACCGCACGCAGGCAUGAAGCUCGCCAGGGAGAUCGCCACAGUAACGUAUCGAUCCGGCCCGGAAUGGGAACAGCGAUUCGGUCGAAGGAGAGCAGAUCCAACGAAGCCGCCGGCACUGUGUCCGGAUUUCCUGAUUGAGACAUACUUGGAUCAUGCCGGCGAGAAGUUCUGUCUCACUUACGACCCGAACAGUCUUCUCUAUGUCAGCAAAGCGAUGGACUUGUUUGACCUGGGCCGAGAGACCCAGAAGGCGGCCGCUGAACGGAGGGCCGAGCGAGAAGAGCUCAUUCGGUCUGGAUCCGAACCGAAAGCGGAUGACACGUCUUGCAGCCUCACACUGCCAGAUGCGCCUUACGCUGAGCAGCCUGAUGCUGAGUCGAAGAUAGAUGACUCUGUCACACCAAUUGCUGCUGAUUCCCGGCCGCCGGAGGACCUCAUCGCUGGCUUAUCUGCGAUGAGAGAUAUCCCGACUCUGGUGAUGGGUGUCGCAAGUGAUAUUCUGUUCCCAGCUUGGCAACAGCGAGAGGUUGCCAAUGCGCUCCGUCUUGCCGGUAACAGGAAUGUCGCCCACGUCGAGUUGAGCGAGGAGCAGAGCAUGUUUGGCCACGAUACAUUCCUGCUCGACCUCAAGACUGUUGGUGGCAACGUCAAGAACUUUCUUGGCUAG